AUGGCUGCCUCCGGCAGCAUGGUCGACCCGACCAAACCCGAAAAGUUCCGCGUUGUGAUUGGCGACGAGCUCUUGGGGAAGAGCACCAAGGAGGUCUUUACGGGCGUUCGAUACAACCACAGGCCGGCAGAGGAAGCACCCGGGAGCGCGCGAAUAACCCCCUCGAAGCCGGGCAGCGGCACCUUUGACCUGGCAUUUCGCGAGCCCGACGGCACCAAAUACAGCUACAAUGGAACCCGCGCCAUGAACGACGGCCAGUACGUGCUGGUCUUUGACCCCAACAAGCGCACGUUUGUCCUACACAAGCUCGAUUCGCUCUUCAACAUGAACCUCGUCGGCACGCCUGACAGCGACGACCCGGCAGCACUAAAGAAGCAACAUCCGUUCCUGUCAGGUCAUGGCGUUCCUCGGCAUCUCGAGCAAAAGGCGGCGGCAAUCGCGGGCACCGGCAAGGCUGCAGGCAAGGCCAAGCCAAACACGGCCUUGAGAGCUCCCAAGAAGCAGGCUCCGAAGAAGAAGGAGGUUGCCAAAAAGCCCCCUCAAAAGCCCGCAGCGCCGCAGGAAACUAUGGUCUUACCUCAAGCCCCGUCGGCUCCGUCUCCCGCCCCGCCGCCGCCACAAAAACAGAAAAACAAGGAGGUCAACUCGGACGAUGAAGACGACGAGGAUUCAGAUGACGGCCUCGAGAUUGUUUACACCGACUCUCAGGAGGCCAAGCCUCGGGUGAACAAAGGCGCUGCCUUUUCGCCAGCGUUCUCUCAACCAACACGGCGCUUCUCAGAGUUUAUCAAGGACCACAACGAUGAGGACGACGAGGAUGCUGAUGCGGAGGGUGAGCCCGAGUCGGAUCACGACGUCGCCGAGGCCAUGGACGAGGACGAGCCGGAGGAGGAGAGUGCCAACUAUAAUGAUUACAACAAGCCCGACCAGGAUGAUUUCGGCGACCUGGAGGAAGAUCUUGAGGCAGCUCUGGAACAGGAGCUGGCUGCCGAGGAGAGCGACGUCAGUGAGGAAGAUUAA